CUUUUUCAGGAGAUCUUCACUCAUGAUACUUCCCAGCUCUCCAGGAGCUUCUGAUGUGCUGACAACCAGUCGGCAGGGUGCAUGGAGCUCCUGGUCUUGGCUUAGCGUGCCAAGAUUGCGGGCAAUCCUCAAUUUUUUUCCGACCGCACCUCAGCCAUCGCUCCUCAACAUGGCGACCGCCACGCAACAAGGUAUGGAGAAUGUCGAGCGCCGCCGGCUACAACUCGAGGAGAAUGUUGCCAAGCUCACCAUAGCCCUCGAGCACUGGUCGACCUGGGAAGAGGAGUACGAGAUGCUCAAAGAGGAGCUCCAGAACGCAGGCUCUCCGUCACCGUCACAGAUGAUCGAGAUAGGUCACAAUCUCGGCGGCACCCUGGUUAACGCAAAGGAAGUCGAGGAGCUUCUCGGCAAAGACCUACAAACCAAACGCACUGCUAACCAAGUCGUUGAAAUGAUCUCGAGACGCAUUGACUAUGUUCAGCAGAACCGCUCUACCGUCGAAAAACAACUGGAAACCGCUGAAAAGCAAUUAGCAGGUGUUUCGAUAUUGUUGGAUCCCGGCCUGGAGAACGAGGAGGGAUUGCCGAUGAUGGAUAUCGAGGAGGAGCUGGACGAGGAUGAGAACGUCAUAUCGGGCUCGGUUUCGCAGCCUGGGAAGGUGGCGCCGGAACUCAUGGAGGCAUUGAGGAAGGCUGGCUUGCACAAAGCGGAGCAGAAGAGUGAAUCCGCAACCGCGAGCUCGGUGCCCUCCUCGAACAGCAUUCCCGCGUCGGUACCGGCACCGAGGCGAGCAUCCGCAGUGAGGGCAGCAGCUGCCCUAGAGGCUCCAUCCAACGUAAAGAGCGAAGCGAAACAACCCUCUAUUGCCGUCGAACCUAUAAAGCCCGAGGUGUCUCAACGUUCUGCACCCAAGAAAUCCGUGUCUUUUUCUGAAGAUACGAAACCGGCUCCAUCUACCAAGAAAGGACCAGAGCCGCGAGACACUGGUGUUAAGGAUGAUCUGAAGUACAUGAACUUCAAACCCGGCUCAAAGGUCUAUGAACUUGACGACGACGAAAACCUUGUUGGAACCCACAUCAUGCCAAAAGACGAGAGCCAGGAAGAUGCGGAGCUCAGGAGGGAAAUGCUGCAAUAUGGUCUCUCGGAGGUCGGCCAAGUGGUUGCUGAGCUAGAUCUGGAAGACCCAGAUGCGGGGUAUUCGGAUGACAUGGACGACGAAGAGUAUGGUAGCGAAGUCAGUGAAGAGGAAGACGAGCAUGGUCGGACGACCAGGUCGGUUCUCACAGAAGACUAUAAGCGGCAGAUGAUGGACCUAGAGAAGAAGCUGAACGCUCGAAUGAUUGAGAAUGUUGGGCCUCGCCCAGACACGCAUCCGCUGGCCGACCAUGUCGAUGACGUGCGCACCCUGCGCGUAAAAAAGAACGAAGAAUUCGGCGAGCCAAUGGACGCAGCAGAUAAGGCGCCCGCCCCCUCCAGUCCCAAGAAGAAGGGCGUGCGAUUUGCCGAUAGUCUGGAUGUCUCUGAUGCACCAGAGCCCACUAGAGCGCCUACUGGGACAGUUCGGCCGUCUUCGAUGUCAACACCAACCAUGUCGGACAUAAUUGUUGAGCGAUCAGCGCUUGCUCCUAGAACACCUGCAUCACGCUCGACGCCUGCCAAGUUAUCUCGGUUCAAGAGCUCACGAGCUUCCGCUAGCCAGAUUCCUGACAUGCUUCCCAACCCUUCCGUCCCUCAACCGCCUCCUGUUCCUACAGGCCCAGCAGGCCGCCCUCUCGCCAAUGCAGUCGUCGAGCAUAUACCACAAUCCUCCGAGCCGCAAGCGCCCGAUGAGUUCGAUGCCGUGCUCGUCAACCGCGAGGUACAGGCGGAAUAUCACAAAAUGCGGAACAAGAUGAUCCAGCGACAAGGAGGCUUCGUCCCGACCGAAGAAGACAUGGAGGAUCCGCUUGUGGAAGAGCGGGACGGGAAGACGAAGAAAGUAAGUCGUUUCAAGGCCGCGAGGCUGAAAGGGGAGGGUUUGUAGCAUCUUUCCAAGACAGCGUGCAGUCGGUCUCCCAUUCCCAGCCCCUGCCGUCUCUACAUCCCUCUGCUCUCGUGAUGUUUCUUGUCAACGGAACAUUUUUAUGCCCGUGAGAGAUACUCGUCCAUGUAUCAGUCUCACAUUUUCUUCGUUCCAAGAUGGAGUGGCGGGGCGCUCUAAUGUGGCUCGCUCUGACAAUUUGUGCUUGUCACGGUUCGCUCGCCCUGUACAUAGCAUAUUCUACUGGAGCAUCGAUAAUGGCGCUUCGAACGUAGUUAGGGCGUAAGUUCAAGAAAUGAAGAUUAAAAAAAUAAAAACAA